AUGGCUUUGUCUGGCCUCGUGAAAGCGCCCACGUCGUUCCGCCUCGCGGUCGUCGCCCAGGAUGCCUACGACCUGCCCUUACGCGACUUUGGAAACACCCACGAUGCGCAUCCUGCCAUCGGCCACCUCUGUCUUCUCGUCUUCGAGGCCGUUCUCGAAGUAGUCGUCGUCAGCCUUCCGGGUUACAUCAUCGCUCGCCUCGGGCAGUUCGACUCGGAUAAGCAGAAAUUCCUCGCCAACCUCAACGUGUCUCUGUUCACACCAUGCCUGAUCUUCACAAAGCUCGCCUCUCAGCUCAACGCCGACAAGCUUUCCGAUCUCGCCAUCAUCCCCGUCAUUUUCAUCGCCCAGACCCUGAUAUCAUGGAUCGUUAGCAAGGUUGUCGUCCGCCUCUUCGGCUUCGGACGCCGUGCCUCCAACUUCGUCACUGCCAUGGGCGUCUUCGGCAACUCCAACUCGCUGCCCAUCUCCCUCGUCAUCUCCCUGGCCCAGACCCUCAAGGGUCUCCACUGGGACAAGAUUCCAGGCGACAACGACGACGAGGUCGCCGCUCGCGGCAUCCUGUACCUCCUCAUAUUCCAGCAGUUGGGCCAGCUCGUCCGCUGGAGCUGGGGCUACCACGUCCUCCUAGCCCCCAAGCACAAGUACCCCGAGUACCAGGAGCAGAUCGCCGAGGAGGGUCAGUACCGCGACCACGAGGACCUGAGCGUCCAGGCCCCCCUUAUCGAGGGUCUCGAUAGCGACGACGACAGCGAUACUCGCACCGACGACUCGCGUGGCUAUGACCCCGCCGGCCGCACCCCCGACUGCCUAACGUCGCGCGGCUCCAUGUCCGACCUGGACGACAACAACGACGACGACUCGUACCCCAGCAAGAACAACAACGGCGGUAACAGCAAGAAGCUGUCCCAGAGCCUCACGGGAAGCCAGCCUGCCUUACCCGAGUCCAACGUCAUGCCGUUCCCUCGCGUCGGGGCUACGGCCGGCGACUCUGGCAGCCAGAACGCCUGGUCGCGCACCAAGGCCGCCGUCGGGUUCAAGUUCCGCGCCGUCUGGUUGAAGGCGUGCGAGGCGUGGAUCAGCACGUACGAGAGCCUUCCCAAGCCGGUCCGCGCCGUCCUCGCUCUGGCCAGGCUGGGCCUGGCCAAGGUCAACAACUUCCUGUGGGAGUUCAUGAACCCCCCUCUGUGGGCCAUGAUCUUCGCUGUUCUGGUGGCCUCGGUGCCCAGCCUGCAGAGCCUCUUCUUUGAGGAGGGGUCCUUUGUCAAGAACAGCGUCACCGACGCCAUCGAGUCGAGCGGCGGCGUCGCCGUACCCCUCAUCCUCGUCGUCCUGGGCGCCAACCUCGCCCGCAGCACCUCGCCCGCCAACGACAUGCAGGACGACCCCGAGGAGGAGGCCAUCGGCACCCGUCUCCUCGUCGCCUCCCUCAUCUGCCGCAUGGUCCUCCCCACCGCCAUCAUGGCGCCCCUCCUCGCCGUCACGGCAAAGUACGUCGCCGUCAGCAUCCUCGCCGACCCCAUCUUCGUCAUCGUCUGCUUCCUCCUCUCUGGCGCCCCCAGCGCCCUUCAGCUCGCCCAGAUCUGCCAGAUCAACAAUGUCUAUGAGAAGGUUAUGGGUCGCAUCCUCUUCCAGAGUUAUGUCGUCUGGGUCCUCCCUUCUACUCUCAUGCUCGUCAUGCUGGCCCUCGAGACAGUCGAGUGGACCAAAUAA